UUGAUGAAUUCUUGAGCCGGCCUCAGAUUCGAGUCUUCUGCGAGCUCCAAAAAGUUCGAAUCUGCUCAUCGAGUUCUUGAAUUGAGAUGACGACGGUAUAAGAAUCGCAGUCCAAGCUCCGGUCUCAAAGUUUCCAGGUGCUUUUUCCGGCAAUUCACUCAGAAUUCUUCCACCAUCUUACACUCUCUGCUACUCUCGCGGUUAGCUUGUGAUUAGUCAAGGUGCGUGCAAGCUGGCCCGGACACACGGAUUUCAAAAAAAAAAAAACAAAAAAUGCAAAGCAUCAGUAAUUCAAUCCUGAAGCACAUGAGGAUCAGAAUACCUAAUACUACGACAUGGUUGUUUAUGAAGGAUGAGACUGUAAUGGAGAAGCUGACUCRCCAUUUGUGCACGUCAAAAGGUACAAGCUCUGAUCAAAUAGUAGACCGAGUGAUUGGAUUGGUUAAGAAGUUCGAUAGAAUUGAUGCCUCAAAGGUUACUGAAACGGCUGAUUUUCAGAAGGAUUUGAGCCUGGACAGCUUGGACAGGGUGGAGCUUGUUAUGGCUUUCGAACAAGAAUUCUCCAUCGAAAUCCCAGAUGAAAAGGCAGAUAAGCUCACCUGCUGUGCCGAUGUAGCACGAUACAUAACUUCUAAAGUUGAGGAAGAGAGAGAGGAGAACCAAUAAGCAGUUUCUCGUCAUUUAUCAUCGUGUAACGCCCAUUAGCUAAUGUCUUUUUGGUUGUCAUAUUGCCUAAUCUUUUUGUGUUGGGAUUAGAUUAUCUGUCAUGCUAUGCAAUGAUAGUUAAAGAACAUAUGAUCUCUUUGGCUCCUAACUGUUUUUUUGAUGAAUACAAUUGCAACCUUGUGACUACAUUCAACUGUGGAAUAUGACACAAUGCAGUCAAAGCAUCCAUCGUGUAUGGUAUGAUAUAAAUUUUUGUAUUACAUUAUCUAGAGGUGUUAAUACACAUAAACAAUACA